CGUUUUUUAAAAGUAAAAAAAAUCUUUCCCUUCAGUGAAACUCGACUUUGAAAAAUUAACUUCUAACCCUCUUUAAAAACUGUUUCAAAAAAAUUGAUUAAAAUGCAAAACUUCAUUUAAUUAAUCAAAAGAGCUUUAACAAAACAGUCCUUAAAGCUGAGGAAUAGGGCACAGUUAAAACCGCGGGAGUAAAGUGUUUGGUGUCUGAUAAUUACCUCAACGUGAAAAUGCAUCAUAGUAUUCAUGAGACAUUCCUUCAUCAACAACAAAAGUCUGAAGAUUCUCCAAGCAAAAGUUUCAAGGCAAGUUACCCAAUCACAGCCCUUUAUUAUAUUCUUGGCCAAUAAGACUCCACAUGGUGUCCAAUUACAGUAGCCCACACACCUUGUUUCUGGAGGCAAAAUAAAUAGUAGGGGACAGUGCCCUAUUGCUUAGAACAGAUCUACAAUGGAGCAGUUGGAACAGCAGAAAGUCUACAGCGAGGCUGCCGGCAUUAAUUCAGACAACUCCACCUUGCAGUGCAAUUUUGAAAACUGUUCCUACUCCAAAGACUACGAGACCUACCUCUUCCCCACUUUCUAUGGGAUCAUCUUCUUAGUGGGGCUGGUGGGGAACCUGAUCGGCUUGGGGGUGAUCGUGCAGAUCCUGAGGAACCGCAACGUCCUGGGAGUCUACCUGCUGAACCUCUGCAUCUCUGACCUUGUGUACAUCAGCACCCUCCCCGUGUGGGCUGCCUACACCCACAACCCCGAAGGCUGGACCUUCGGAAUAACCGCCUGCGACUUUGUCGGCUUCUUCUUCAGCACCAACGUCUAUACCACCAUUGCAUUCCUCAGCUGCAUCUCCAUGGACCGAUUCCUAGCUGUGGUCUACCCGUUGCGUUCCAGAGGUCUCCGGACUAUGAAGGUGGCCAUCCUGGUGUGUGUGGUGGUUUGGCUGAUCAUUCUGGGCUCCCAUUCGGUCCUCUUGUUCCACCAGGAACUCUUCGUAGAGGCCCAUGGCAUCAAGCUCUGCUACGAGAAGUAUCCCACGGAGCCCUGGUUGGCCCAGCUCAACUAUUUUCGUGUCUUCGUGGUCUUCCUCAUCCCCUUGGUCCUCUUGCUGGUAUCCUACAGCAUGGCCAUCAAGGUGAUCCACCGGAGUUCUUCGCUGGAGGUGAGGAGGAAACGGAAGAUCACCGGGCUCCUGCUCAGCAUGAUCGCCAUCUUCGUGGUGUCCUACCUGCCCUACCACAUCAUCCUCUUGGUCCAGUCCUACCUCAGUUAUUCUGAAGACUGCUCCUGCGAGGUGCAUCACAGGAUCCGGCCAGCCUACAGGAUCAUCUUUGCUUUCACCAGCAUCUCCAGUGCCUUGGAUCCCAUUUUGAACAUUUUUGUCAGCAACAGCGUCAAGCAGGACAUCAUGAAAGAGGCCAUCGCCAUCUGGCAUUGGGCAGCCAGGUUGUUCUCUUCGGAUUGCCUGAAACCCCCAAGGAAACCUUUCUUGAAAACCGUAACGGAGAGAGUCAGUGCAGACAACUGUCUCGGAAACCACAUCCCCGUGGGUCUACAUGGGAACGGACGGAUCAGUCAAGACGCAUCUCACCUCUCUUUAAGUUAAAUUUAUUUCUUCUUGUUAGCAUCGCUGGUUCUCUUUGCAGUGGAAAUCUGUGGGUUUAUUAUGUUUUUUACUUUGAGAUUCAUAGAUAUCAACAGAAAAAAACAAUACCGUUUCAUGGUAUCUCUCCACUUCCUGUACUAAUGGUUAAAUGGUCUAAGUGCACAUUGACCGUAGGAUAGAAUUGACUGAAGCAAAGUGAUCAGGUAUCCGAAGACAACAGACAGUUUUUUUUUUUUAAUGCUCGUAUUUCACGCAUCUGCAAAGAACCAAACUUCAAUAGAAUAAAAGUGCUUAACAAGAAGGGACCGGUGAGGGUGCUAUGCUCAUAAGAGUUAGGAAACUGUUUCAGAGUCUUCAACUUUUCAAUUCAAAUGGCUGCAAAGACUGAGAACUACAGGAAGAGCUAGACCGACAAUGCUGCCUGGAACUCUUACAUUGAAACGGUCAAGCCAAAAUAGGCAGACACCUGAACAUUACAUUGGUCAUCUCAGCUUGUUUGUAUCCAGAUAUGUUGACUUGAGACAGUCUUACCUUUUUUUUUUUUUUUAAAGAGUUGUGGUGAUUUGAAACACUAUUCCUUAAGCAAGUCAUGGGGCAUUUUGUCAUUUGACUGUCAAGUUUACACAGAGCACAUCACUGAAUUUCCAAAGAAAACCGAGUUGAACUUUUUGUGUGGCUUGCAGCAAUAACCCAAUGGACAAUCAUCCGCAGCAAUGGCUUUGGAGGCAAUGGCGGACGUCUGCAAGCUCUGAUAUAAAUCAAAAAACAAAACAGGUGUUAAAGAAAAGGCUUGCCUUUUCCCCAUGUGAUGUUUAAUGUUAUGAAAUUCCACUGGUUUUUAUAAUAAAUUUACCCCAGUAA